UCCAAGCUGGCGGCCGCCCCCGGGCCCCCCGCCGCCGCCUCCGCGGCGCCCGCCAUGGGCGAGGAGGAUUAUUACCUGGAGCUGUGCGAGCGGCCGGUGCAGUUCGAGAAGGCGAACCCUGUCAACUGCGUCUUCUUCGAUGAGGCCAACAAGCAGGUGUUCGCUGUGCGAUCUGGUGGCGCCACCGGGGUGGUGGUUAAAGGCCCAGACGACAGGAAUCCCAUCUCUUUUAGAAUGGAUGACAAAGGAGAAGUGAAGUGCAUUAAGUUUUCCUUAGAAAAUAAGAUCCUGGCUGUUCAGAGGACCUCGAAGACUGUGGAUUUCUGUAAUUUCAUCCCUGACAAUUCUCAGCUGGAAUACACACAGGAGUGCAAGACCAAGAAUGCCAACAUCCUGGGGUUCUGCUGGACCAGUUCCACUGAAAUUGUCUUCAUAACUGACCAAGGGAUCGAAUUCUACCAGGUGCUGCCAGAGAAGCGGAGUCUGAAGGUCCUGAAGAGUCACAACAUCAACGUGAACUGGUACCUGUACUGUCCCGAGAGCGCCGUGAUUCUGCUGUCCACCACGGUGCUGGGCAAUGUCCUGCAGCCUUUCCACUUCAGGGCUGGCACGAUGUCGAAGCUGCCCAAGUUUGAGAUUGAGCUCCCGGCUGCGCCCAAGUCCACUAAGCUUAGCCUUUCGGAGAGAGACAUCGCCAUGGCGACCAUAUACGGCCAGCUCUACGUCCUCUUCCUGCGACACCACUCCCGGACUUCCACCAGCACGGGGGCAGAGGUGGUCCUGUAUCACCUCCCACGAGAAGGCGCCUGUAAAAAGAUGCACAUCUUAAAGUUAAAUAGGACGGGCAAGUUCGCCCUGAAUGUGGUGGACAACCUGGUGGUCGUUCAUCAUCAGGACACAGAGACGUCCGUGAUAUUUGACAUCAAGUUAAGGGGAGAGUUUGAUGGCACCGUGACCUUCCACCACCCGGUGCUCCCGGCUCGGUCCAUUCAGCCCUACCAGAUCCCGCUGGCAGGUCCCGCCGCUGUGACCAGCCAGUCUCCAGUCCCCUGUAAACUCUAUUCGUCAUCCUGGAUCGUCUUUCAGCCCGACAUCAUCAUCAGUGCAAGCCAAGGUUACCUGUGGAACCUCCAGGUGAAACUGCAGCCCAUAGUGAAUCUGCUGCCCGACAAGGGGAGGCUCAUGGACUUCCUGCUGCAGAGGAAGGAGUGCAAGGCGGUCAUCCUGUCUGUCUGCUCGCAGAUGCUGGGCGAGGCAGACAGAGCCGCGCUGCCCGUGAUAGCCACCGUCUUUGAUAAGCUCAACCAUGAGUAUAAGAAGUACUUGGAUGCUGAGCAGUGUCACGUGAUGGCUGUAGAAGCCGGGCAGAGCCGCAACCCACUUCUCAAGAGGCCCGUGCGGACCCAGGCCGUGGUGGACCAGUCGGACGUGUACACCCACGUGCUGUCACCAUUCACCGAAAACAAGGAGAUGCCGCAUAAGUUUGUGAUCGCCGUGCUGAUGGAGUACAUCCGCUCCCUCAACCAGUUCCAGAUAGCAGUCCAGCAUUACCUGCACGAGCUUGUCAUCAAGACACUGGUCCAGCACAACCUCUUCUACAUGCUGCACCAGUUCCUGCAGUACCACGUGCUCAGCGACUCCAAGCCCCUGGCCUGUCUGCUCCUGUCCCUGGAAAGCUUCUACCCCCCGGCUCAUCAGCUGUCUCUGGAUAUGCUGAAGCGACUUUCCACCGCCAACGAUGAAAUAGUGGAAGUCCUCCUUUCCAAACACCAAGUGUUAGCUGCCUUGAGGUUCAUCCGGGGCAUCGGCGGCCACGACAACAUUUCUGCAAGGAAGUUUCUGGAUGCUGCAAAGCAGACUGAAGACAACAUGCUUUUCUAUACUAUAUUCCGCUUUUUUGAACAGCGAAACCAGCGUUUGCGAGGGAACCCCAGUUUCACACCAGGAGAACACUGUGAAGAACACGUUGCGUUUUUCAAACAGGUGUUUGGAGAGCAAGCUCUAAUGAGGCCCACAACCUUCUGAAAUCGCUUG